AUGGCGACCAAAUCCAAGGUUAGAAAACAUGUUGAAGUUGGAGAAGACGAGCUUCCUAGCAAAUUCACUCCCAGCAAGACCAAAUCUGAAAUGUAUGAAAAACAAGAAGCACUGAUUAACGUUGAGGGAGAAUUUGCAGAAGAUAUUGAUGACGAAAUUGAAAGCGAAGAAGAAGUUAUAAGAGGAGAAACAGAAGAUGGUUCUGAAAUUGUGGAUGGAAUUGAUGAAGAUGUUGAGAUCGAAGAGCAUUACUGGCUUCCAGGUCAAGGCGACGAAAAUCAAGAAUUGGUAUAUGAGCCAAAGGCAUAUAAAAUGUAUCACAAAUGCUUAGUUGAAUGGAGUUGUUUAACACUGGAUAUUUUGCCUGAUAAACUUGGAGAUAACAGAACCCAGUUCCCACAUACAUGUUAUGUUGUUGCAGGAACACAAGCAAAUAUGGAGGAUAAUAAUCAUAUACUUUUAAUGAAAUGGUCUAGAAUGCACAAAACCAGAAGAGACAGAGACGAUAAUGACAACAGUGACUUUGAAUUUAGUGAUUCUGAUGAUUCGGAUGAUGAAAACUUUGCUGAUGAAGAUCCUAUUGUAAACGUUGAGGCAAUUUCUCACAAAGGAACAAUUAACCGUAUUAGAGUUUGUCCUCAACUUCCAAAUUUGGUUUCAACAUGGUCUGAGCUUGGAAAAGUUAGUAUGUGGGAUAUAUCGGAAUCCAUCAAUAGUUUAAACACUGAUCAAGGAAACUCCAAAGCGCUAAAACCAUCGAAUCUUGCAAAGAAAUCUACAAUUAAACCGAGGUAUACAUAUGAUGGUCACCUUGAUGAAGGAUUUUCAAUGGAUUGGAAUCCCAACAAAACUGCUCAGUUUGCUUCUGGAGAUAGGAAGGGGAAUAUAUGCUUUUGGCAACCUGUGCAAGGAGGUACCUGGAGUGUAAAUCCAAUCCAUGGAAACUUCCAAUCCAGUGUCGAAGCAAUACAAUGGAAACGUGACAAUAAUAGCAGUAGUAUUUUUGCAGCUGGGCUUGUUAAUUCCAAUAUAUGCAUUGUAGAUAUUAGAGGCGAGUCUGAUCAACUUACUAUCUAUAACUCACAUAACGGUGAUGUUAAUUGUAUUUCUUGGAAUCCUUUUUGCGAAAACCUUUUACUCAGUGGAAGUGAUGAUGCUACUAUUAAAUUAUGGGAUAUCCGUUCCACAAAAGAUCCACUUGAGACGUUCACCUUCCACAGAGAACCAAUUCUUUCUGUUGACUGGCAUCACCAAGAUCAAGAUGUUUUCCUUGCAGCUUCCUUAGAUAACUCCAUUAGUUUCUGGGAUAUUGCGAUUGAUGAUGAGGGUAUUGAAGAGGAUACUUCUGAUUCUAAGACCAACACCACUCUCAGCAGUAUACCAAAUAUUCCAAAGAAACUCCUCUUCUUGCAUAUGGGCCAAGAGCAUAUUGCGGAAGCGAAAUGGCACAAACAAAUCCCAAGCUUAACAAUUUCAACUGCUCAAGAUUCAUUCAACGUAUUUAUUCCAAGCAAUUUAUAA